AUGUGCCCCCCAGAUCCUGGACUCCUGGCUCUUCAAAGCCUGGAUGUGGCUCCUCCUGGUUGGCAGCUCUGGAAUACCUUCCAUCCUCCUGAGUUGGUGAGACCAGCCCUGGAGAGGUCUCUGAAAGCCUUGAAACUGGAUUAUGUGGACCUCUACAUUGUUGAGCUUCCCAUGGCCUUCAAGGUGUCUACAGUCCUCUAA